AUGGAGAACGACCACGGUGAGCUCGUUGACCUUUACGUCCCCCGCAAGUGCGCCGCGACCGGCCGCCUCAUUGAGGCCAAGGACCACGCCUCUGUCCAGAUUGCCAUCGCGGAGGUGGACGAGAGCGGGAAGAUCAUCCCCGGCCAGAACUUGAACGUCCCCAUUUGCGGCAGCGUCCGCCACAUGGGCGAGAGCGAUGACUCUUUGAACCAUAUCCUGGAGCAGAAGGGCUACAGUCUGCGCUAG